AAUUUAAAUUUAUAUGUAUAUGUAGGAUAUGCAUCCAUUGUGGAACAGUCUCAUCAUCUUGCUACUGGCUGUAGCCGUUGGUGCAUUUCAAGAGGAGUCAAUAUUCGAAGAAGAAGAUAUCUAUAAUCAAGCAUUACCAUCAGUUCCUUUCACUGGUAUAACUGUACCAGGUACAAAAUGGUGCGGACCUGGCAAUACAGCAACCAAUUAUAAUGAUUUGGGAACUCAACGUGAGUCGGACACAUGCUGUAGGGAACAUGACCAUUGUGAAAAAAUACUGGAGCCAAGACAAACCUUACAUGGACUUAAUAACACCGAUUUAUUUCCUAUUAUGAAAUGCACUUGUGAGCAAACAUUCUUGAACUGCCUACAAUCUAUUAAUAAUAUGGUUGCAAAUACAUUGGGACGAGUCUACUUUGGUACUCGCAAAAUAUGCUUCGCAAACGGAUAUCCAAUAUUAAGUUGCAAAGAGCAUCAAAAAGGGACUUUUAGACAGCGUUGCAUACGUUAUGAAGUGGAUAAAACACGCGCAAAAAUUUGGCAGUUCUAUGAUAUACCAUUUUAUAGCUAUAAGCGAUAGCUUUUGAUUUGCGAACAUAUGAAUUUUAAAUGAAAUUAAUGAAUGUAUAGAGAAAUAAAGGCAUAAGAGCAAAUGUUAAGUAUUAACUCACUAA